UCAAUAAUUCAAUUGCCACACUCUAAAUUUCUAAUAUAUUCACCCUAUUUAGGGAUAUCCAGAAACAUUAUUUUCGAUAUCAAGCGCUGGGAUACCAGGACCAUCAGUAUCGCUGAAAUGUAGUGCCUGUGGCAACCCAACACCAAAAAUCGUCUUGCACUUAGAUGGACUUCCACUGCCAAAUAACGACCGUCUCAUGAUUGGACAAUAUGUCACAAUGUUUGGUGAUGUUAUAAGACAUGUCAACAUAUCUGCGGUGAAGUCAGAGGAUGGCGGUGAAUAUGAGUGCAAAGCGAGUUCGCGUGCAAGGAAAGCAUCUCAUGCGGCACGUUUAAAUAUAUGCGAUCACGAGCAAGGGACUCAACAAAAUGCCGUGUGUUUGGCCGACUGCCCCCCUGAGCUUAUAUAUACGCGUGGAAGCUAUGACUGUGCAAGGCAACUUCCAACACUACCUCAGCGUGUGAUUCAGAAGCCGUUUACCAUCAGCGUGGACUCUCUCACCAUAUUCGUCUCCACUAAGAGAAACAUUAACACCAAUCCCAGCGUGAAAAGGUGCGUGCAGAGAUAAUCAUGAGAUCAACUCAACAGCGAGCAAAACGGCUGCGACGAUUGGUUAUUGAUGCGCGAAAGGCCAUCGACUAACUGGAAAAGAAGCUACACCAACUGAGUAGGUUAGGGUGGCUCUUUGACCUCCACGCUUUUAAUUUUUAUUUUAAUCUAAAUCCUAAUGGUUGGCGACUACAAGCCAU